UCCGCUUGCUCGCUUCCAUUCAUUUCGCUCGCACAGACGCACCGCACGCACGGUCACGGUGAGUGGAGGGAGAAGGAAGGAGGACGGUCGGAAGGAUUUAGGUGGCGGCUGCGAGGAGGCGAUGGGGUGCGCGCGGACGGUGAAGGCCGGGGCGGCGGCCGCGGCGGCGAUGCUGGUGGCCGCCGGAGUGAGGCUGGUGGGGCCUGCGGCGGCGGGGUUCGUGGCGGAGGAGAUCCCUCGCGCGCAGGCGGCGGCGGCCACGUGGCUCACGCCGCCCUACCUGUACCUCGUCAUCAACGCCAUCAUCAUCUCCAUCGCCGCGUCCUCGCGGUUCCAGACCAGCCGUUCGUCGACCGCACACGCCGCUGUGGGGACGGAGCCGCUUCCGGUACCCGCGCCGGCUCUGGCGAUGCCGAUGGACAUGCCUGUACCUGUUGUGGCCGUGGUGAUGGCGGCGCCCGAUCCGGAGCCGCGUGUUCCGGAGGCCGUGCCGGUGGUCAAGACGCCCCCCGCGCCGGUGCCGGCGCCGGAGAUGGAGGAGGAGGGUGAGGACUUCCUGAUUUCAAGAUCUGCAUGGACGCCGCAGCGGAGGGUUACGAAGGCCGAGGUUGAGGUGGCACCGUUCGCGGACCUGACGAACAAGAGGGAGAAGCCGCUGUCCUCAGAGCGGUUCGGCCGGAAGGCGCCCAAGCCCAGCCCAGAAGGCAGCAGGGCGUUGCGGGUGUCGCGGCCGCGGAGGGAGGACACUCUGGAGAGCACGUGGAAGGCCAUCACGGAGGGGCGAGCGCCGCCGCUGGCGCGGCACCUCAAGAAGUCGGACACCUUCGACACCCGCCCGGGCCGCCGUCCGUCCGGCGGCGGCGAGGAGGCGGCGCCCCCCGCGGCGACGAUGCGCAAGGCGGAGACGUUCAACGACCCCGAGAGGAAGGUGCGCCGCGAGCCGUCGCUGGGGCAGGACGAGCUAAACCGGCGCGUGGAGGCCUUCAUCAACAAGUUCAACAUGGAGAUGCGGCUGCAGCGGCAGGAGUCGCUGAAGCACUACAGCGAGAUGGUCGGCAGCGGCGGCGGCCGUUACUGAAGACUGAAGAGGGUUGGUUCCUCCCAUGAACUCGGAUGGGAACAGCAAAGCAAGUUACUUUUUUGUUGUUGUUGUUGGGUGUGCUGCUCGUUUUUGGCUCUGGUUUCUGUUUCUUCUCUAUAAGAAAUGCUUCUGUCAAUAACUCCUAGUAGUAGUAAGAAGGUGAUAGCGAUAGUAGUUUUGCACAAGAGACUUGAAGUUGAUAGGGGAUGAUGAUGCAGAUUAGUGAGGGCCUGGAGACCCCAAUUUGUCUUGGGAGCCGGGCAUGUGUAUUAAAUCUUUGCUUACUAAGCUGUUUCAUGGCA